AUGCAGCCUCGCAAUACAAUCCCUGAAAUCAUGGCUUCUGGUUCUGAAAUCAAAUCUACAAACAUGAAAUCAUCUCUUACAAACGAAGUACGAUCACACCGCCGAAAUCCCGCUUUCAAUAGUGCGCGCCUAGGAAUAGCAUAUUGUGGUCAUUACUCGCCCGAGCAAAGAUGUCGCCUACCUCUACCACCCAUGACACAGCAAGAGCCCACUAGUACCGAAAGUGCACUGUCAGAAUCUUCGAACCUUACAACCCCCUCACCCAUCAACGAAGUUCGAUCCACAAAACAUACAUCUCAUUAUCUCUCCCCUCCAACUCCGCCGCGUAACCAAGACAACAAAAUUCCAUCCCUCAUCCGCCGUAUCUUCGAAGUAAACAACCGCGAUACCAAUUUCCUGACUCUCUGGAAACCACAUCUCGAUGAUCUGACCUCGACUACCUGUAUGAGAAAUCGGGUUGCGUUGGAAAUGGUGGCAGGGUUGCAAAAUUUGCGGAACCGAGAAGUCAAGUCAGGCAUUUAUAAAUUUGCCUUGGGCAUGUUUUGGGGGCAUCUUUCUUCGUAUGUGUUUAGAGUCUAG